UGUAUAAGGUACAGACAUCUAUUUCUCCCGUUUUUGAAACAUUGCAAGCAUGUCAACGAAGAAAUUCAGGAUAUAGAAUGACAGAUACACGCAGGAAAUUGGAGGCGAACAGUGAAAUGAAAUAGAAAAGCCCUGUCUAGGGUCGGACGUAAUGUGCCUAUUGACACCACUCGAACGAAGAUUGUUUUCCACGCCCGACCGCUCUAUGUACAAAGUACAAGAUAUUUCCGGACCAAAGCACCUUACUUGCGCUGGACCUUGUCAGGGUCCUCCAGAAUGCCUUCGGCCUCCAGCCGCCGGCGAGCCUCUUCCAGAGCCCAUGUUUGUAUCCUGUCGUCAUGUCAGCAUCUAAUCCUCGACUCUGCUAAUACAGUGAAAGGCAUUGUCGUG